ACUCGCUCAUCCCGCGUUACCCGGCCUGGCCUCCGCCACUGCCUGGCAGCGCAUCUCCCCCUUGCCUAACGCCGGCUCCUGCCCCGCCCCGUGCAGUGCGAGACAAGCCCAUGGACAGGUUUGGCCCUUGCUCAAGCUCCGUCCGCGCUCACAGCGGGGAAUAACUUUCUGAGGGCACAGUGUGGGCAGCAGGCGGCUACAGCAGCGGUUAGCGCGCAUGCGCAGUAACACCCAGGCGCUGGGAAGGACGCCGUUGCUGGCAGGCCCGGCGCUGAAGGCCGCGGACUAAUCUCGGGGCGGGCGGUUUAGCCAUGGAGGAGGGCGGCGGGUUCCGUCUGUCAGCCGAGUGCCUGGACGAGCCCCCCAACAGCCGCGUGUUCCUGGUGCUGGGGAAGGACACGGGGGAGGCGCUGAUCCGGGAGCGCUUCGCCCCGUUCGGGGAGAUCCAGGACAUCUGGCUGGUGCGGGACAAGCGCACCCACGAGUCCCGCGGCAUCGCCUUCGUCAAGUUCGCCCGCAGCUCGCAGGCCUGCCGGGCCAUGGAGGAGAUGCACGGCCGCAGCCUGGCGCCCGACACCAAGCCCAUCAAGGUGUUCAUUGCCCAGUCCAGAGCUUCCGGAAGCCACCGAGAUGUUGAAGAUGAAGAGCUUACACGCAUCUUUGUUAUGAUACCGAAGUCCUAUACAGAGGAAGAUCUGAGGAAUAAGUUUAAGGUGUUUGGAGACAUUGAAUAUUGUAGCAUUAUUAAGAAGAAGACCACAGGAGAAAGUAAAGGUUUGGGCUAUGUGAGGUAUUUAAAACCAUCCCAAGCUGCCCUGGCAAUAGAAGAGUGUGAUCGAAGUUACAGGGCCAUUUUGGCUGAACCUAAAAACAAGCCAUCUGAAUCCUCUGAGCGUGAAUAUUACAGUAGUAGCAGUAGUAUGAGGCAGGAGCCAAUGGGGCAUGAGCUUAGAGGGAGUGUGUUUCCCUUUGAAGGGCAGCCAGAAUUUGGUAGUUUUGAAAAGAGUCAGACCAGAGUUCGAGAAUCCAUUUCAAAACGCCUGUCAGUGGUAUCACGACUCCCCUUCGUACAAGAGCAGCUGUUCUUCCUCUUUGAUCUAGUCCCAGGACUGGAGUAUUGUGAUGUUCAGCGAGAUCCGCAUACUAACCAUGGGCAUGCUGUGAUUCAGUAUACUACUGCAGCAUCAGCUAUAUAUGCCAAAUACAAGCUACAUGGUUUUGAAUAUCCUCCUGGAAAUCGUCUAGGUGUAACUUUCCUUGAAGAUGGGAGUGACGGACUGGACCACAUCAGAAAAAUGGCGACACAGCUGGUGACUUCACAGGUGUCAUCAAUGGUGUCACAUAAUAAUCUAGUUGGUCAGCAAUAUACAUCUUCUCAACCUUACAGCGGAAGUUCUAGCUCUCAGUUAUCUCAGCCCCAAACAGAUGCUGUACUUCCAUCACGCAAAAAAAAGGUUCCACCUGAGAGUUCUGUGAAGGAAAGGCUUUUCAUAGUGUUUUAUCCUCAUCCCUUACCUGUAAAUGUGUUGGAGGAUGUAUUCUGUCGAUUUGGACAUCUUAUAGAAGUUUACCUUGUGACAGGAAAAAAUGUGGGCUAUGCUAAGUUUGCAGACAGAACAAGUGCUAGCGAUGCCAUAACUGCAUUACAUGGCAAGAUUGUGAAUGGUGUCAGGCUUAAAGUAAUGUUGGCAGAUUCACCUGCAGAAGAGUCUAACAAACGUCAAAGAACUUACUGACGUCAUGGAGCAGAGACUAAAUAAUGACAUGACCCUCAGCUGACUGACUGAAAAAAUGACUAGACACGGUUCCUGUGGACAGUGACAGCUUUUUGUACUGUUAGCUGAUGUUUGUGGAAAAAAACACUUUAUUUUAAAAAAACUCAAAAUACAGAAUGUAGUUUAAAUCCACAAUUAGCCAGCAUUUUUAAUUGUAAACUGAUAGUUGUUGUAGCAGUCUGUCAUUCUGUAUUAGAGAAAUAAAUUUUUUUGUUUAAA